ACGGUGAGAAAACAAAAACAUUCUUCCUACGCAGAGAAGAAGAAACCUCAAAGAAAGCCAUCGUCUUCUCUCGUCUAUUUCUGCGGGUUAAGUUUUACACAGGAGAGGAGAGAUGGAUCAGAUAAUGAACAAAGUCGGUUCAUACUGGUUAGGACAAAAGGCAAACAAAGAGUUCAACUCCGUCGGUGACGAUUUCAAUUCAUUGUCGAGCAGUAUUGAAGGAGGUACCAAGUGGUUGGUCAACAAAAUCAAAGGAAAAAUGCAGAAGCCACUGCCUGAAUUGCUGAAGGAAUUUGGUCUACCGGUUGGGAUAUUUCCACAGGAUGCUACAAACUAUGAGUUCAACGAAGAGACAGGUAAGUUAACUGUCUUCAUCCCUGAGACCUGCGAGGUUGGUUACAGGGAUUCAUCGGUCCUACGGUUUUCAACUACAGUAACGGGUUACCUGGAGAAAGGGAAGCUAGCGGAAGUGGAAGGCUUGAAAACAAAGGUGAUGAUUUGGGUGAAAGUAACCUGUAUCUCAGCAGACGCCUCAAAGGUUUAUUUCACGGCCGGGAUGAAGAAAAGCAAAAGCAGAGAUGCUUAUGAGGUGAUACGGCCUGGUGUUGGUGUUGAUAAAUUCUGACUUUUUGAUCAACUUAAGGUGCAAUAACAAAAUAAUAUCAACUUUUUGAUGUUUGUUUUUGUACGCAUGCUUUGCUCCUUACCUUGUCUCAAACUAUAUAUUUGAAGCAAACUCUUACUUCUUAGUGUAAUAA